CUCGCUAAGUCACAUAAACUGCUGGAAUCUACCUAGUGUCAAUCAUAUCGUAUGGAGGGUCUCAGUCAAAUCCCGAAGGGUGCAUCAUCGCCGCAAAAUGGUGCUGAGGAGGAAGCAAAGCGCGUCGCAGAGGAAGAGAUGAGGAGAGACAUGAUGGCAACUGUACUGGACACUGCUGCACGGGAGCGGUUAUCUCGCAUCGCACUUGUCAGUCCAGAAAGAUCCCGACAAAUUGAGGCUGUUCUUCUCCGAAUGGCACAAUCGGGACAACUUCGUGGUCGGGUGAGUG